CGCUCGAACAGGGUUGGGCUAGACGGGCGCGCUCUCGGGGACGGGGGGGGCAGUCCCGGUCCCGGCCCUCCGCGCGGGUGGGCUUGGAGCAGGCCGCACCGGGCGGGAACCCCACUCCCACCCCGGAGGCCCCCUGCCCUUUCUCCCCUUUUCCCCCCGGCCCAUGGUGCGAGGCUGGGAGCCGCCGCCCGGGCCGGACUGCGUUUGGAGCCUUGUAGACUGCCUGCGAAAUGGAGGAUAGGAGAAACGUUUCCUUCCCAGGCCUCUCCUCCUCCCCCAACGACUACCUCCUGACGACCUCAACACACGUACAGAAAUCUGACCUUACUUCUGGGGAGCAGUGGUCUUUGGGAAUGAAAGGUUUGGGAGAAACUGCCCCUUCUGACCCCCUACCCAGCCAUACUCAGAAAACAAACCAGAAAAGUGAAAACCCGAAUCCUGAGAGGUUCCUGGUUUUGCGUCCUAAUCUGAGACUUCUAAACUGAAAGAAGACUCAAGCUGAGACCUGUUUGGUAAUGUGGGCCCAGAUCAGGAGAUCUUUUAUCAUGUGAACCUCCUUCUCACCAUACAUUUGAAGCCCUUUUAUAUUAUAUGACUAGGACAGGUAGAAGGCAAUGAUUGAAAAAAAAACAAAAAAGCCAGUUAAACUUGGGAAUUUUUUAAAUGAUGCAUACAUAUCUUAAGCAUUGUCAUUAAAAGUAUGUUCGUUGCACCAAUCUUUUGGGGUAGUGUCCAGGCGUUUUCUUUGUGUAAGUCUGCUCAUUAGAGUUCCCAGUUGUCUUUCUAGUAUAAACUACACAAGUGAAUUUCAAAUCUGGCUGCACCCUGAGAACUUUUAAAAGUACUGAUGCCUGGGCCCCCAGUCCAGACUAAGAAUGAGGAGGAGAGUUCCUGGUUUAAGUUUCCCAGCUAUCUCUGAAGGGCACAAAUCAGAAAGCACCAUGCCUCCUAAUAAAGAGGCCAGCAGUCUUAAUAGCUCCCCGGCGGGGCUCAUCUGCCUCCCUCCAAUCUCCGAGGAGUUACAGCUUGUGUGGACCCAAGCAGCCCAGACCAGUGAGCUGGNUGGCAAUGAACACUUGCUACAAACCUUCAGCUACUUUCCCUAUCCCAGUCUAGCAGACAUUGCCCUUCUCUGCUUACGCUAUGGGCUGCAGAUGGAGAAAGUCAAGACUUGGUUCAUGGCCCAGCGCCUCCGCUGUGGCAUUAGCUGGUCAUCUGAAGAAAUAGAAGAGACUCGAGCCCGAGUGGUCUACCAUCGGGACCAGCUCCAUUUCAAAUCCCUUCUCUCUUUUACUCAUCAUGCAGGGCGGCCCCCAGAGGAGGUGCCUCCUUCUCCGAUGCCACCUCCAGAACAAGUGGGUCUUGGAAUAGUGCCCCUGACUCUUAGUGAGCCCACCCAGAUGAAAGGAUUGAAGGUGGAGCCUGAGGAGUCCUCAGAGCUGCUGAGUCACCAGAAAGCAAAGGAACCCCUGAUGGCACCUGGCAGUGGGACAUUCCCCCACCAAUCCGAUUAUUGGCAGAAUCUUCAAAGCAGUGGCUUCUCUAAGGAGCAGGCAGGCAGGGGUCCCAACCAGUCACAUGGCCUAGGUUCUGCUUCAUGGAAUCACUCCACAGCUGUCCACCAGCCACAUGCUCGGGAUAAGCCCCCACCAGUCUCACUACUUGCUAGUAGUUGUAAGCAGGAGUCAGCAUCUAAUAUGACUCCUCCUUCUUCCUCUACCUCUUCUUCCACUUUCCCGGUACUGGCUAACGGAGCUACUGCCACCUCUAAACCCCUCCAGUCACUGGGCUGUAUCUCACAGCCGCUGUCACCCAAUGAACAGGCACUGCCCCCACAUCUGGAGCCAGCCUGGCCCCAAGGGCUAAGACAUAACUCAGUAUCAGGUAGGGUUGGCCCUGCAGAGUACCUUUCCCCAGAUAUGCAACGCCAGCGAAAGACCAAGCGCAAAACCAAAGAGCAGCUGGCUAUCCUCAAAUCUUUUUUUUUACAGUGCCAAUGGGCACGGCGUGAGGAUUACCAUAAAUUAGAACAGAUCACUGGCUUACCUCGACCUGAGAUCAUUCAGUGGUUUGGUGACACACGCUAUGCCUUGAAGCAUGGGCAACUAAAAUGGUUUCGGGACAAUGCAGUACCUGGUGCCCCUAGUUUCCAGGACCCAGCAAUUCCCACACCCCCACCUUCAACCCGCUCCUUGAGUGAAUGGGCUGAGACACCACCUCUGCCGAACCCCCCACCCCCACCGGAUAUACGACCCUUGGAGAGGUACUGGGCAGCCCAUCAACAGCUACAGGAAAGUGAUAUCCCUCAACUGAGUCAGGCAUCAAGGCUUAGCACCCAGCAGGUACUGGAUUGGUUUGACUCUCGAUUACCUGAGCCAGCUGAAGUGGUGGUUUGUCUAGAUGAAGAGGAGGAAGAGGAGGAGGAAGAACUGCCAGAAGAUGACGAGGAUGAAGAGGAGGAGGAGGAGGAGGAAGACGAGGAUGACGAUGAUGAUGUGAUCAUACAGGACUGAGUCGGGGGGACUAGGGGAGGGAAGGUCUGUUACUAAAAGAUGAACCAACUUAGUAACUGUUUAAACAAAGAAACCACAUUUUUUUAAAAUUACCUUGUGGCAAAGAACUGAAAAGCUUCGUGUUCUUGAGGUUGGGGAAUCCGGGAUGUAGUGAGGGUGGACCAGGGAGGAUGACCAUAGGACCCAAAGAGAGGUGGGGAUUGGAUGAGCAGAAAUCAGGCCUCUCGUCUCAAUGAAGAGAGUGCUAAGGAUCUGGUCCAAACCAUGGGUUGGGAAAAGGCUUUUGCUCUCUUCGUGUCUGCUGUUCUUUUCCCUUAGUGUACUAUGGAGAGCCCAGACCUUGGCCCCACAUCUAUAAGAGGACUGAAAAGGAGGAGUAAAGAAUUUUGAUUCAAUUGAUGAUUCCAGUGCAUCCCCAGUCCCACCAUUUUCCCUGGAAUGUAAGGCUGCCUCACACCCCUUUUCUUUAUGAGCACGAGUCCAUGCAUAAUACAGCUAAGAGUCUUUGUAUGUCCCAGUCUCAUCACAAAUCUUUCCUUAACGCACACCAACUUAGACUAUGUUUUACCUUCCUCGUUACAGAGUUGCACAGGUAGCAGAAUGUUUUCAUUUCUGAUACUGGGACCAUUUUGCCUUGUACUUUUUUUUUUUUUUUAAUCUUUUUCCAAAAUCCCCAUUCUGUUCACUAUUUGUCUCAGGGUAAAUCUUCCCCAUGGAGCUUGUGAAAAGUUUAAUAAUUGGGUGGAGAAUAAUUUAGACUGGAUAUUUAUUGGAUGUGGGAAUUAGGGGAAAUGUCCUUUAAAAAAGUAGAAUUAGGUUGGAGAGGGAUGGUUUCUACUCUUCAGAAGAUGGGUGCAGGUAGGUUCCAGGUUUGGUUUUACAAACCUGAAACUCCCUCCUGCCUAGCUUGACAGAGACUAAUUUUUCAUCUUUUUGGUGUUGGUUCAAUUUGUCUGUAAUUGAGACUUUUUCCUCUCUUUAUAGGAUCUGUCUUGGGGACAGAGGGACCCUGGUCUUUAACUGAAUUGAUUAUUGAUGUUUUAGAAUGGUUUUCAUCAGAUGGAGUCAGAUAUAAAGAUAUCAAUGGGUUAACCAUCUAGAAAUAAGAAUGGAAGCCCCAGAUUGCUAGAAUAAUAAUAAAAGGCCACAAAUAAAAUUGUUUCUCUCUCCUCCA